AACUGCCAAAAAAGUUCAAGGUUAAGACAAAAAUACCCACAAAAAUAAUAUAACAAUAAAUACUUUAAAAUUAAUGUUGCAGUGGAACAAGUCACUGUAACUGCUGCAAGCUACGACUAAUGCUUAGUUUAUUUAAAAAGUAAAUAAAAUUUAUAAAGUACACCAAGUUUUACAUUUUGAAAUUCUCAUUGGCUCUGGAAUAAAUAAGAAACUAUAAUAUGGUUGAAAGAUCCAUGGACCAAAUGGGUCAAAUGUUCAACAAGUUUUGCAACUUGCUGGAAAGAGAUAUCAAAGGAGUUCAUAUUGGAUGCUAUUCAGUUGCACUCAUUGGUCUAACAAUUGCUGUAAGGAAAGUGCGCCCUUUUACUAAAUUCAGAAGACCGUCUGAUAUUCCCAAUCAUUUCAUAAAAGAGCGCCGUGAGCUGAUUGGGGACGUGAAAAGAAUUGAUCCAAAUGGAGGGAUCCUUCUGGUGGACCAUCAACCAAUAGUAUCAUUGCCAUUUUUUAAGUCAGGAGAACUUCCAGUUAAAAUCUCUGGUGUUAAUAUUAAUGGCCUUGGCUUGACCUGGCUGCAUAGUGUAGUUGCUGGUCAACAGAUCAAAUUUAUUCCUGUUAAUACUGAUACCAAUACGGUAUAUUCGCAGGUUUUACUGGUAGAGAAAUCUAAAAAUAAUAAAGAAAACCUCCUUAAUGUGGGUGAAAAUUUACUAAAAAUCGGCUUCGGUCAAACUGAACCUGUUCAUCCUCCACUAUGCGAAGACCCAUUGUUCCUCACUUACUACAGACGGCUUAAGGCAGCAGAAAACUUUGCAUUAAAGAAAAAACUCGGCUUAAAAUAUUACAUAGCACCAACGAAACACGCGUUAACCAGUCUUAUCAAAAAGAUCGCAAAACCUGGUAAAAAAGCUUUGCUUACCACCAAGAAAACGAUUAAAGAAAUUCCACAUAUGUCGUCAGCAUAGCUAAGGGUUUACGUAGUAGGUGCUGAAUGUUUGUUGAUUGUGUUGCAGUGCAUUGGGGUUUAUAAUAUUUCAAAAUAUUUCUUUUUUACCAAAAAAUAUUCGAUUAAAGAAGAUUUUCAUCGUUGGUUUGGAGAUUUUUAAGAAAUGAUAACAAUAUUUCAGUUUUGGCAGAAAAGAAAGUCGCGGUAUAGUAACUCAAAUCCAUGAUAUUCUAUGAUUGAAUUACGUUAUAUGUUUUAAAAAUAUUUAUCCCAUGGAAUUUGAAUGGUAGUUAUGAAUGGUGAAUAAAUGACUAGUUCCCUAUCCUUAUAUAGUACAGUAGUUUAUUUUUGCCAUAUAUGUAUUUGUUUUUAUUGAUGACUACAAAUGAGGCGUUUGCUGCACAAGUGGCCCAAGCAUAAAAAUAAAAUUGUCGAGAUAUCGCACAUGUAAUCCAAAAGUGUCACUGUACGAAAAAUGUAAAUUUUUCAGGAGAGCAAUUUAAAGAACGAUGUUUUGGCUUUAACCAUUUUACUAAACAAAAAUGGAAAAUAAAUUCUUUUAUUUGUUUAUUUUUUAGUUUUUUGAUUGAUAGUGUCACUUUUCCAUUUAUUAUAUGCAAUAUUUUUAGAAUUUGUCAAAAUUUUUCAAACCAUAAAAUUAAAAAAAAAAUAGAAAUAUUUCGUUCUCAAUUUCGUUCCAAACAAAACAUUCGCAGCUAUCGUUGACAAGUUCAGUCAUCGUGAAAUUAAACGCAUUUAAUUUAGACUUAUAGUAAAAUGUGGAAACAUCGCCUUUAGGUAAGGGCAAAACCGUCAGUAGUAUCAGUCACCAGUCAUAGUAUGAUACAAUAAAAGUAUUCGAUACAUUUUUCUUAUCGGCUUCCUUCUCCGUUCUACUCAUGUCCUUCUCCAAAAGAUGCUGUUCAUAUUUCUCUGCGAGCUCCAACUUUCGAUUUCCUUCCGCGAUACGGUAUGAGGUGCAAAGUUUGCAUUGGUCCUUCUUUGGUACAAAGAAACUGAUAUUAUAAUCACUCUUGGAAAUUCUUUUAUAAGUAUGUACCUCUGCUGGUUGACUCCCAUUUUUUAAAUAAUCCGCUUUAUAGUCUCUAUAUAGAUCCAUUAAAUUUUUACCACCAUCUAUAAAUUCUCGAGUAGUCUGUUUCCUUAGAUAGUGGCUUUCGAUUCGGGGCACUGAAUCGAUAUGUUUUUUUAUUCCAGCGAUUUUUUCUUGACUAAUUUUUUUAUGUUUUCCGUGUUUCCCUCUCAUUUCGGAUUCCACAACACAUUGACUGGUAAGUUUUUCUAUAACCGUUCUAAUGGGUCUGUCGUUGAUGCCCAGAGUAUUCUUAAAAAAUAUUUUACAUACCCGUAUUUUUUCUGAGUCUGCCGUUAACGAAAAAGCAUGCUUUGAUUUGCGAUUACUGUUGAUCAUUUUAUACUGAUAUUUUGGACAAAUGAUAUCCAUACAUCGUGAAAUAAAAUCUCUUUAUCUUGAUAAACUAGCCAAACCCCAGUAGCUCUCAAAAAUAAUUGGUCUUUGACCUGAUAUCUUUUCUGAGCAUUUAAGACGGCAUUUCGGACCACACGGUGGACCAAUUUUCUUCGCAGCCACAACCUUCUUUGAUUUUGCUAAAGACAAAUACUGCUUACCCGAAUUUCGAAGUACUUUAGCGAGUUUCUUUUUGGAUAAUAUCAUUAGCUUUCUUCGUUUUUUUAUUGGCUCUGGUCUAUUUUCUUGGUUCGAAGUCGUUGAUUCAUUACUGGAUGACUGCUCUAUGUCUUGAGGGGGAUAAUACUCAUCAUCUUCAUGAGUUGCGUAUGGAUCUGUUUCCGUCGAAGAAGUUGUACUGCUUGAGGUUGAUGUAUUACUUGAAGAGCUACUAGACGAUGAAUCUGAAGCAGAAGAUUUUUGUACUGCAUGAGGACUUUCAUAUCGGGGUAGAGUGUCACAUCGGUUUGGAGUUUCACGUCGGGUUGGGCUUUCAUAGCGGGUUGCACUAAUGUCAUAUCGGGUUGGGGUUUCACGUUGGGUUUGGCUUUCACAUCGGGUUGGACUGGCACAUCGGGUGGGGCUUUCAUAUCGGGUUGAAUGGGCUUCUUCGUCUGACAAUAUUAUGUUGGGACGUGGUUCUAGAUUAUUACUUCCGAUAUUCAAAAUUUUAUUUUCCAAAGCAAGCCUUAAAAUUAGAUCCCUUCUUUGCAUAUUGGCCUGAAAAUAAAGAAAAAAGUACAUUGAUUUAUGCAAGUGACUGCGAAAUUUUUGCUAUAAGCAUGAUGUUAUUUUUUUAGUUUAAAUUUAUGACGAUGUACAUUAUAGGUAAACGCUAUAAAAAUUUUAUUUAUGAUUACUUAACGGACCGAAUGUGGGUUAAUGAAAAAAAAUCCUUAUGCUCCACAUAAAACUACUAAUUUUUAUGAGUAAUUUAAAAUAAAAAACAUUUCCCUAAGUUUUUUUUUUGGUACGUCAAUGCUUUGACGCAUAUAUACGUAAUUACCUACAUAUAAACUCAACCAUAUAUAUAUGCUUGUAUAUAAAUUAUUUAAAAAAUUGGACAUAAUAAAUUCCUUUAAGUGGUAAAAUAUAUACCGGAAUUACAAAAAGCACAAAAAAAUAUUAAACAGAAAAAUGACACUAAACAAAUAAUCUUUCCCUAAAAUAACCCUUUUGAGAGAAAGCCUAUGGAUAAAAUGUCUAAACAAAAGGUGUCGUUUUUGCAUUACCUUUUGCUUACCUUAUUAAAAUGGGCUAAACCGUCACUAAACAAAAAAUGCACAAGUCCUUGCGUACCCUUUGCUCUUUGCUCCGAAUUCGCGUUCCUACUGAUUACUGAUUUAAUCUCACUGUUGCCGCCACGAGCGUAUUAAUAUUGCGUAAGCCAUAAUGACACUUGCGCCAUCUAGAGGUCUCUAAUGUAAUUAUUCAAGAUAUUUUGUAUAGUGACACUUUUGGAUUACAUGUGCGAUAUAAGCAAAUUAUUAAUAUUGAUAUUUUGGAAGUUUUAAAUUUAUAUAUAUUAUAUGUAUAUUAUAUAAUAGUAGUUGUCAACUCAAUUUUCAAAAAUAAGAAUUUUACAUUUGCAUUGUUUAUAUAUUUUAAAACAUAAAAGAAAUUGUGCAACAAAAAUUUUAUUUAAACUAUAUUUUUUAUGGUAAGAAACUAAAUUUGAAAUAAUUAAUUUUAACCGCUACUAUGAAAAAAUCUUACACUGUCGAUGCAAUAAAACCAAACAAUUCUAAGAACAACUGUGGGAAUUAAUGAGGCCAGUAAAAAAAAAACGAAAUCUAUAUAAUACUCGGUGAUUUCAACGCGAAAAUAGGAAGAGACUAGAUAGAUGACAUUGUGGGAAGAUAUGGACUUUGAAUAAGGAAUGAAAUGCUCAUACGAUUCUGUAAAGAGGAAGACCUUACCAUCACGAAUACAUUCUAUCACCCAGAACAUUAUACACAUGGAAAUCCCCUCAAGAUAAAGAGAGACAAAUAAUUCGUAAUCAUAUUAAUUAAAAAUAUUCUAAAAUAGCGCCAAGAGCCGACAUCGCAUCAGAUCACAACCCAUAAUUAGGCAACUUUAGGUUUAAGGAAAAACUAGUAAGCUGCGGAACAAUAGCCAGGAAAUACAAUAUUGAUGCACUUGGCAACGCUGAAGAACGUAAUACACUAAGGGAUGAUUUAAACAAGAGGAUAUCAAACAACACACCUAUCAAGGCAACAGUGGAAUAACAUGAAAGAAAACAUGCGAGAUACGUCCAGAAAGUAGGGUUCCGUUUGGUAAUAAAAUUAAAUUGUGUACAGAUACAGGAAACAUAUUUAUUGCACAAAAAUCUACAACUCUUAAACUAUUUUUCCACACAGGUGCCGAAAUUUUGCAGGCAUUUGUCAUAGCGUGACACAAGUUUUUCUACGUCUUCUUCAUAAAAGGUUGCCGCCUGUGUCUUCAACCAGAUGGAAACAUUUUCUUUCAGCUCUUCGUCACUGUUGAAGUGUUGAUCUCCAAGGAAAUACUUAAGAUGUAAGAACAGAUUAAAAUCGCUAGGAGCGAGGUCAGGGCUGGUUUCUCGUCACAUUUGCAGUGUGUGGUUGUGCAUUGUGUUGAAGAAAAACCACACCUUUUGACAGAAAUCGUCGGCGUUUAUUCUGUAUUACGUAGCGCAAUUUGCUAAGUGUCUCGCAUUAAACAUCUGCAUUGAUUGUUUAACCUCGCGGUAAGAAAUCAAUCAGUAAGAUGCUUUUCCUGUCCCAAAACACUGUGCACAUGAAUUUUCGAAGUGUCAAGAUUUGUUUUGGCUUAACCCUUGCUGGGAAUGAAGUAUGCCUCCAUUCCAUUGAUUGCCGCUUAGUUUCAGGAGUAUCAUAAGAAACUCAAGUUUCAUCUUCUGUGACAGAAAAUAAUGAAUUAAAAACUGAAGUGCACUACCCAUCCGUUUUGUUGUGUGUUCCUCAGUAAGAAUUUUUGGUACCCAACGUGAGAAAAGUUUACGAAAUUUCAGUUUUUCGGUUACAAUUUCAUGAAUUAGUGAUCGUGAGAUUUGGGAAAAUUCCAUAGCGAGAGCACUAAUUGUAAAUUUACGCUUUUCCUUAAGCUUUUCAUCAAUCGCUCGCACCAGUUCUUCUAAAAUCAAAGGGUUCAUCAAAUCCAAUUUCAAUUUGUUUCACUUUCUUAGCAUUCAAAAAACGAAUCACAGAUCUAAUUUCACAGGUGGCGGGAUUUUCAAUCAACACCGACAUUGUAAACAAUCACAGCGGGAGCUGUUUUUAACGUUGACACGGCCUUCCCUCAAUUUGUUGUGCCACACUUUCACUUGAGUUUUUGAGGAGAGUCGAUUCCCCAAACUGAGAGUUCAAUCUAUUCCAAAUUUCGAUCGGCCCGACAUUUUCUUUCGCAAGAAACUUGAUGAUAAUGCGUUGCGCAACACGCGGAUGGAUUUUCUGUUCACUCAUCGCAAAGGAGACUAAAUUACUGAGAAGUAACAACAGUCGGUAUUACAGAAAAAUUCCUUAGGCUUCCAGCUAACACUCCACGAGAUGGCAUUUCGAUCAAUGACAUACAUAAAUUACAGUAACUAAAGGUCGAUUAAUAUUUGAUCCACCCUCGUAACUUAUGAUUUCCAAUUGCAUACUGGUAUGCUAAGGUACGAACAUCAGCAGUGAGAAGAUAGGUUUUUAACUCAAUCUCUUCUUUUCUAUUAAAAACCUGUUUCACAUUAUCGGCAGCAACAUAUAAAAAUUCUGCAGCUCCCGAAUUUCAGAAGGAUUGUACGUGUCUGAUAAGCGUAGUUUUGGAUAUGUUAUAGCAUCUUGCCGCUACCCUAAUUGAUAACUCCCCACUGAUACAUUUAUUAGCUGCCGCAAUUAAAUCCUGGGAGUUUAUAUGCGCUCUUUUUGCACCUACUUUACUUCGAGGCAUUUCAAUAUGGCUAUCUGAAAUAAGAGAAAGUCUUUUAAGGUAUACCUAUAUAAUUAAAAUAAACGUAAAAACGAUAUUAUUUUCGAUAAGAUUGUGCUUUGCAAUAAGUCAUGAACCUUCGACCGGUCCAAGGUACAUGACUUUUCAGUGACCCAAGGUACACAACGGUAUUAUAUCAGCAAUUCUUUGCUUUCUACUUUUAGGUUACGCCUUUAAGUAAAAAAUACAUUCAUUAAUAUCAAGCUUAAACAAAACAAAGGUAAAAAAACACAAAGACACGGUCUCAUCAAAUCCAUAUAAUUUCUUAAAGCUACACGUGUUUCGCUCCUAUCGGAGCAUCAUCAGGCCUAGACUUACACAGAUCAUAUUACAACAGAGUUGUAAUGUGAUCUGUGUAAGUAAAAACAUAUACAGGGUGACAAUUUCAAGAGUAGCCAUGGCUUAUAAUUUUUAAACCGUAAAAGAUAUAAAAAAAUGCUUAAAACCGUUUCUAUAGUAACAAGGGGGAACCAAAAUGAUGAAUUUUUUAGGGAUAUACUAUCAUCCCCCUAACCCCCAGAGCCACCCCCUUAAAAAUUUUAAAUUGGAAGGGUAGUCGAGUGAUACCUUGUUUGAAAGGUCUAUUAAUUCCCUAUAUUAUGCGACCCUACUUAUAAUAAUCAAUGCAUUUAUUUUAGAGUUAUGCCAAUUUUAAUAUUUUAUUAAAGGUUAUUUAAGUGUUUUUUAAUUUCUUAUAAAAUUAACAUAUUUUGAAAAUGUCAUAAAAUAUUUAACAUUUGAACAUUAGUACAAAUGGUUAAGAACUAGGAAAACACUCUGCAAUAUUGCGUUUAUUCUAUUUUUAAAACAAUAAAAAUCUGCAUUGAACUUUAAUUAUUUUAUUAAAUGCUCAAAGUGGCUUCCAUUAUUUUGCAAGCAAAAGUACAAUCUGUUUUCAAACUCUUGACGAACAUUUCUAAAAAUUCAGUUGUUAAUAAUCGGCACUCUUGUGUAAUUCUUUGUUUUAGCUCCUCAAUGGUGGCAGGCUGCGUUUUGAAAACGACCGAUUUUAGGUGACCCCAAAGAAAAAAAUCGAGAGGGGUGAGAUCUGGCGAUCUUGGCGGCCACUCAAUAGAUCCUCUUCUACCAAUCCAUUGGUCUGGAUAAUGAUUAUCUAGCCACUCUCUAACAGGCAAUACAUAAUGUGGUGGGGCCCCAUCUUGUUGAAAAUGCAAUAAAUUUUCAUCAAGAACAAGAUCUCCAUUUUCAUCCCUUUGGUUUUCCAAUUCCGUUAUUACUAAAGGCUCAACAGUUGUUUCUAACAUUUCAGCAUAAAUUUCUCCAUUUAGAUUAUCAUCAAUUAACAAUGGCCCAAUUAUAUUAUUCCCUAGAAUUCCGGCCCACACAUUUAUUUUUUGGGGAUAUUGGGUGUGCCCUUCCCUAAAAAUAUGGGGAUUCUCAUCACUCCAGUAAGUCGUCACUGAAACAAAUGUUUUUUAUAAAACGUGGCUCAUUUAUUAUUUUUUGGGUCAUUAAUUCACAAAAUUCGAUCCGCCUGUCUGGAUCGUCAUCACCAAGUUCUUGAACAAUCUGUAGCUUGUAAGGAUGGAAUUUAUUAAUUUUUAAUAUCUUUCGUACUGAUUCACGAGACACUCCUGUGGCAGCUGCUGCUUGACGAGUCGACAUACCAGGAUCCAUAACAAAAUGCCCAAGAACCUCAAUCUGAGUUGCUUCAUCCAGUAUUCUUGGCUGAUUUUUCUUUAUAUCACCUACAAACCCAGUUUCUUCAAAUUUUCUUACCAACUUCUGGAUGUAAUAAUGCCCAACCUGCUUAUCUGGGUGCCUCUCAUUAAAUAUUGUGGCACUUCUACGAAAACAGCGAUUUUGAGAACCAUAAAUAAAUAUCAUUUCAACUCUUUCGGCGAUCGUAUAAACCAUUGUAAAAAUAAAACUAGAGCAGUGAGAGAACUUUAAAUCACAAAAAGAACCACGAUAUUACUAACCAAACCAAAAAUUGAACAUUUUAAGGCAAAAUUUAAAUAAACAAAAAACAACAAAUAUUUCGAGAAUGGCAGGCAUCGAAAAUUUUCCUUUUUUUUACAUCGCCAAAUACCAUUCCGACAAUUCAAUAAUUUCAGUAUAAGUGUACUAUUUAUUGGAGUUUUGUUUUGGCUUUUAACAAUUUAACUUUUAACAAUAAAUAUUUUUAUUCUGAUAGUAAAAUGAAUUGACUAACAUUUAAAAGGACAUACAUAUCUCGAAAAUGGUUGCAUUGAUUUUAAUGAGUAAGACGGCAAAAUAUAGGGAAUUAAUAGACCUUUCAAACAAGGUAUCACUCGACUACCCUUCCAAUUUAAAAUUUUUAAGGGGGUGGCUCUGGGGGUUAGGGGGAUGAUAGUAUAUCCCUAAAAAAUUCAUCAUUUUGGUUCCCCCUUGUUACUAUAGAAACGGUUUUAAGCAUUUUUUUAUAUCUUUUACGGUUUAAAAAUUAUAAGCCAUGGCUACUCUUGAAAUUGUCACCCUGUAUAAUAAGACAUAUAUAAGUAAGAAACACGUGUAGCUUUAAGAAAUUAUAUGGAUUUGAUGAGACCGUGACUUUGUGUUUUUUUACCUUUACCUGUAGCUUAUGUUUUCGUUUGGUCUCUUAGAGAAAAAAUGGAUGAUAAGUUUCUAUCAAGCUUAAACACCUGUUUUCAAUUGUAAUAAUAAAAAUAUUUUAACAAUUUAAACGGAUGUUGACGGAUAACAAAUUGUUCAAUAAAUUACUUACCGCGAUGCAAAACACAAAACAUUGACUGUGUCUUUAAACAACCUAUUUAGACACAUCGAAGAAAUAUUAACAGUGGGUAGAAAAUAAAAUACAUUGACCUGAGGUAGAGACCGGUCCAAGGUACAACACUCUCCCCUAUACUUUUCUUGUUCUAAUGUUUCUCUUCAGUUGUGCUUAUCAGGUAAAUCUCUCUGUUUUUUUUUAAAUAAAUUUUAUUGACACUAACAAAAUAGUAACGCAUUAACAAACACUCGGUCAAAUGAGUAGUCAUUCAAAUACUAAUGCAAAACCCGCCCACAAUAGGUUGGGCCAGUCUUGCUUCAUUAUUAUCCAACCGUGUAAUGUAAAAACGAAUUGACUAUAAUUGCACCUCGUAUUUAAAUUUUGACGAAAA